UACAGCCCAGUUUAUCACGAUGAAGUUGCCAAAGAUCGUCUCAUUCGAUGCAUUCAACACGAUAUUCACGCCUAGGAAGCCUGUUCUCCAAAUAUAUGCCGAAGUGGCGCAACGUCACGGGCUAAAGGUGCCUCAAGAACACCUUGAAGAGAGGUUCCCCAUCGUCUUCAAACAGAUGCAAGAGCAGUACCCGAAUUACGGAGGACACUCCAAGAUGAACUAUGUAAACUGGUGGGCAACGUUGAUCUCCAAUACAUAUGCUCCACACGAUACUCCGAAGGCGUUUGUGGAGGAAGUUGUGGACACCUUCUCGACAGACGAUGCGUACGGAGCGUAUGCCGAUGUUCGUCAGGCACUAGAUCAGCUGCACAGAUCCGGUGAAGUUGUAAUGGUUAUCUCUUCCAACGGCGACCCCAGGGUUGUACAGGUUCUGAAGGCAUUGGAUCUACUCCAGUAUUUCCAGAAGGUUUACCUUUCGUAUGACCUGGGUGUUUCCAAGCCCUCGAUAGAUUUCUUCAACCACGUCAUCGACGACCUCAGAGGACCGUUCACACCCAGAGAGGAGAUGUUGAAAAACGCAUGGCAUGUUGGAGACGAGCUGACCAUUGAUCUCAAUGCCAGUGUUAAUGCAGGGUGGAAUGGUAUACUUGUAGAUAGAGACGGUGCAUUCAGAAACCUUGCAGAUAAGCAAGGCAACGUGACAGAACAAGAAGCACCAGUGGCACCAACCGACCCAGAAGUGAUAAAGUUGGACGAUAAACGUACAGUGAUCAGCGAUUUCUCCGUGUUGGGUAAUGCUCUGGGGCUUUAAACUUUGUACCUUUCUAGAAUUCCAGGUGAGUUUCUUCUGUUACAUAUUCGCCAACGGUGAGCUUAUUUAGCACUACAUCCUCAGGAUGCGCUCCUUGCUUGUAUAUACGGAAACGAACAAUGCAUGUUGAUAUUUAACCAGCUUGGACUGUGGAUCAAAUCAAUCGUGUUCGCUGGCCAUCAGUGUCGUGUCACCGGCACAGGGAUCUCUAAAGGCAAUGAAGGCUUCCCAACACUUGAAGCUGAUACACUGUGAGAAAGAAGACGGACCAUUUGGUCGACGUCCAAUGACCUCAUAUAAGUGGAUUGAUUCAAUAUCGACCAUACUCCACAGUUCAAUGUAUGCAAUUAACUUAGUUCUAAGGACCCGCCUGGCCCCU